UCUAGUUGGAUGUCCAAAUAUUCCUCUAUAAAAGUCAGGCUCUUGAAAACGUCCAAGCACUGCAAAUUGAAGAACAUAAAUUCUUACCACAAAUGGCAUCUAAACCAGCAACUUCAGCAACAUUCUCCUUCUUGUUUCUGUUAGCAUUUGCUGUGGGUUCUAAUGCUGGUGAAAUAGCUAUCUACUGGGGUCAGAAUGGAAAUGAAGGCACAUUAGCAGAUACUUGUGCCUCCGGGAACUAUGAUUUUGUGAACUUAGCUUUCCUUUGUACAUUUGGUAAUGGACAGACUCCUCAACUCAACCUUGCAGGUCACUGCGAUCCAUCAGUCAAUGGCUGCACCGGUUUGAGUUCUGAUGUCAAAUCUUGCCAAGCCAAAGGAGUCAAGGUCAUUCUCUCCAUUGGAGGAGGAGCAGGGAGCUAUUACCUUGCCUCUGCAGAAGAUGCCCGACAAGUUGCAACUUACUUGUGGAACAACUAUUUAGGAGGACAGUCAUCUUCACGGCCCUUAGGUGAUGCUGUUUUGGACGGGGUUGAUUUUGAUAUCGAAGGAGGAACAAACCAAUACUGGGAUGUUCUUGCAAAAUAUCUUUCUGCUUAUAGCAACCGCGGCAAGAAAGUUUACUUAACAGCAGCACCUCAGUGUCCUUAUCCUGAUGCAUGGGUUGGAGGUGCACUUCAGACUGGUCUUUUCGACUAUGUUUGGGUACAAUUCUACAACAAUCCUCCAUGCCAAUAUUCUGGUGGAGAUUUGAGCAACCUUGAGGAUGCGUGGAAGCAAUGGACAUCCAUCCCUGCAGGGAAGGUCUUCCUUGGAUUGCCAGCUGCUCCCGAUGCAGCUGGAAGCGGCUUUAUUCCUGCUACUGAUCUUACCUCACAAGUGCUUCCUGCAGUUAAGGACUCUGACAAGUAUGGAGGUGUUAUGCUGUGGUCUAAGUAUUAUGAUGAUGAAACUGGAUAUAGUAAAUCCAUCAAGGGUGAUGCCUAAAAAAAUCCUUGAUGUUAGGCAUCUGUAAACUUUAACUCCUUGAAGUGUCAUGUAAAUGUGUCCAGCUUGUGUCUAUAAUCAUUUGUUUCCUGUCUACGUUCAUGUGAGUAUGUGAGAGCUUGUUCUUACUUCUUAAUGGAAUUUA